AGCUCCGGCACCAUCGCCAACACCAACCCAACAUCAAUUCACAAGACGAUAGUCGCGCACUCGGUCGCAAUACUACAUUCAGUCAUUAUACCAAGACACUGAUCCGAACACGAGAACUCGCGAUUCCCCAUCACAACCGUCAAGAUGACGCUUUACUACAGUUUGGUCUUCAUGCUCCUAGUAGCAGAGAUGUCCAUCUUCAUGCUGCUUAUAGUUCCUCUACCCUUCACCAUUCGCCGGAGGCUGUUCACCUUUAUCUCGGAAAAUCCAAUCAUAGCCAAGCUACAAUACGGUUUAAAGAUCACGUUCAUAUUCAUCCUCAUCCUGUUUAUCGACAGCGUGAACAGAGUCUACCGUGUGCAAGUCGAGCUUGCCGCUGCCACCGAUGCCUCCAAGGGCAACGCUGCUGCCAUCAUGGGUCACGAGCGUCUCGAAGUCCAGGCUCGCAAGUUCUACUCCCAGCGCAACAUGUACCUUUGCGGCUUCACCCUCUUCCUCUCCUUGAUCCUUAACCGCACCUACAUUAUGAUCCUCGAGGUCCUCCGUCUCGAGGAGAAGCUCAAGAAGUUUGAGGGUACCGACAAGGACACCAAGCAGUCCGAGAAGCUCGCCAUGGCCGGCGAUCCUGGUGAGAUCUCCCGUCUCAAGCGCGAGAUCCAGCUCCGCGACCAGGACAUCGAGACCCUCAAGAAGCAAUCAGCCUCUCUUCACCGCGAGUACGACGAGCUCGCUGAGAAGUACGGCCGCACCCAGCAGGAUGAUGUGCCUAAGAAGAUGAAGUAAACGGGUACCACGCUUUCCUCGGAACCUAAAGGAACUUUUGCUCUUUCGUAAUAACACAGAACAUCAUAAGCACAACGUCGAGACUUUGUCGCUUGACGCAGUGUGGACUUCGAAAGAUGGAUCAUGGAAGAGGGAAGGGAGGUAGAGGGACAAUGAUAACUACCGUCGCUCUAACAGGAGUUGGGUGUAUGGUCAUACAUACCGUGGUGGAGAUUCAAAAGGGAUGCUCGGUUGUUCGCGAUCGAGCAGGUUGUGCGUCUACAAGGAGUUUGAUAGCUUGUUAAGUAUACCGUGAGAAUGGAUUUCGGAAACCGCUACUUUCAUACCCCAGAUGUCGAAUUGGUAGAAGACUGAGAAUGGAACAGAACGAGGUUCUUUUUGCUUGAUUUUGUGUUGGUACAACCAUCUCCUGUCCAUUCCCAGUCUAAUAUGUGUCAGCACUGAUCUAUGUCUACCUACCUUGUAUUACAAAGUCAUAUAUAUCUAUUUCCAC